UGUUAGGAAAUGGUUCAGUCGCGUGAGCCAACAUGGAGUCGAAGUCUGUUCGGAUCUUCUCGGGUGUACGCCCACUCCACAGUCAUUUUGAGCCAAAAUGGCGCCCGAACGUGUCCAGUUUCCUGCUAUCCGUUAACCUUAGCAGCGCCUACUUAAAUAUACACGGGUUUCACGCUUGAUCAUGGCCUCAUCCGCUAAGAGGAGAGCAGUGGGUUUGGGUGAGAAUCCCGAAGAAAGCGACAACAGCUCGGAUGAGAGUCCGGAGGAUGACGGCGAGUCUGGAGAGGACGACAGCGAGGCGUCAGAGGAGGAAAUCGACGAGGAGGUCGUGGUGGAUUUUGAAGCCCAUGCGAUUUCAAACAACGACUUCAGUGGCAUUAAGAAGCUUUUGCAGCAGCUGUUCCUGAAGGCGCGUGUAGACACAGCAGAGAUGACGGACAUCAUCAUCCAGCAGAAUCAUAUUGGGAGCGUCAUCAAACAAGCUGAAGUUCCAGAGGACAGUGAUGAUGAUGACCCGGAUGAAGUCUUUGGAUUUAUUGCUAUGCUCAACCUCACAGAGAGAAAGGGCGUGCGGUGUGUGGAGGACAUCAAGGAGCUGAUAUUGGAUCAGUGUGAGAAGAAUGCUUCUCACAGUGUGACUGAACAGCUGGAGCAGAUCUUAAAUGACACAAGCAAACCUGUGGGACUUCUGCUGAGUGAGCGCUUUAUCAAUGUGCCUCCACAGAUCGCCCUCCCUCUGCAUACACAGCUCCAGAAAGAAAUGGCUGAAGCUCAGAGAACCAACAAACCCAGUGAGAAGUGUCAUUACUGCCUGAUGGUCAGCAAGACGUGCAAAGAAGCUGCCAAGAACGUCCCGGCCAGAGGAGGAGCUCCUAAAGAGGAGUACAUGUUUGUCAAUGCCGAGGAGGAGUUCUUUUACGAGCAAGCCAUCAUAAAGUUCCACUACUCAGUGCAGGAUGAUGCUGACUCGUGUUUGAGUGGCAGGUGGUCGUUUGACGACGUUCCCAUGAAGCCAUUCAGGACGGUGAUGCUGGUCCCCGCAGACAGAAUACCUGCAGUUAUGGACAAACUGAAGGAAUACCUGACAGUCUGAGACAUUUCAGGACACGGUGAAGACCUGCAGCCUCAUCAGUUGAUCAAAAGCAGGAUUACUUUCAAAAGUGUCCGUUUUAAGUGGGUUUUGUUUAAAAAUGACUACAAACUGUCAAUUAAUUGUAAAUGCAAAGGGCAGCUGUGUACAAUUUGUCAGGUUUAGACUUAGUCUGACCCUUAUGUGCUUUAAAAUGACCGUUUAUGAUUUUGGUGUCUCCACUUGGAUUAAAAUGAUGUCAAAGCGCUCUGUUUGAACACAGAUUCUUCUGUCAGGUUUCAGUCUCUUUUAUAAUAAUCCAUUAUCAGAGAAAGGAGUGGAGUUUAUCUUGUUAAAGUAUUUUUGUGGGUCACAAGUCUUUUGAUCAAUCACAGUCAAGGAGACAGCAGGCCAAACAUUUAGAUGCUGCAAGAGUGGUGUUCAAUAGCCUGUUGCCCAUUUAACAAGUUUGCCAUCUGAAAAGUUGAAUGUUGCAUAAAGACUUUUAACGUGUAAUAAAUUGGUAACCCCUUAUA